AUGGAUGAGGAGGAGCUUGUCCAUGAACUCCGGAAGAUCAUCUUCGAUGAUGAUGCUUUCCUCUUCCUCCAGAUCCUCCUUGCAGAGGAAACUGAUCUGGAAGGGAAGAUACAAUUUGUGGUUGACUCCCUUCGUAUUGAGAUUCUCCCCACAAAGGUGAAAGGUGGCUGCCUGGCUCCCACCAUUAACGUGUACAUGGAGCCGCCCACAGGUGAAUUGGAGCACUACACGAAGUGA